CUUCGUUUCACCAGAGGUGGAGCUAUUGCGCUAAGUCCGCCCCUGAAUUGCCUAUUUAAACAUGGACCGCAGCGCCGCAUAUUAGUGCAGUUCUGAAAGAUUACCACUGUUGAUCAUCAUGAAGGUUUUAAUUGUUGCUGUUUUGGUUGCUCUUAUCGUGUGUGUGAGCGGAGACACUUGCUCUACUACCGCCGAUUGUACCAGUCACGGACAUACCCAUUGCGGAGGUGGAUCACAUGUUGCGUGCGUCCACCAUUUAGUUCUUGGUCAGUGCGAAUGCACCACAGGUACAACAGGUCAAACAUGCAAUACUAAAGCUGACUGCGCAGACUGUAGCAACGGUAGAAAUAAACACUGCGUCGAUGGAGAAUGUCAUUGUAGUCGAUUCUAAAUUUAGUAAACCCAAUCGAAAUAAAUAACUCUCAUUGA